ACUGCCGCUCUGUGUUGUUAUUUUUGUUGUUGUUGGUCCAUAUUAUUUGUGUACAUAAUUUGACUUUACUGUUUUUGAUUAAAAUAUAUCAAAGGUGCAUGUGAAUAAAUAAAAAUGAGGUUGAAUAAACUAUGCCGCCUGUGUGCUAAAGAACAUGCAUCUUUAAUUGACGUUUACGGGGAGGAAGGUGUAAGACUGAAUCUACUAUCCAAGUUGGUGCAAUGUUUACAUAUUUGGGUGACUCCGGAGGACAAGCUGCCCACGACGAUCUGCGCGGGCUGCUGCCUGCGGCUCGGCGACAGCGCCGAGUUCAUCACGGACAGCCUGCAGGCCCAGGGUGUCCUGCAAGGCCUGCUGGGGGAGGAGGCCCCCGACGAGAAGCCCUUGGUGGAGGUGAAGCGGGACGAGGACUGCAGCGGCUCGGAGAGCGAGGAGGAAGACGAGAGCGGACGGGCCGACGAGGAGGGAGGACCCGGCCAAGAGGAGACCGCGGUCGAGGAGGAUCUCCCGGGGCCGCCGGCGGAGGGGGCGGCGCCCCCACGCAGCCUGGUGGAGUGCAUCCUGCAGGACGCCCCUGCGGAGGAGCCAGGUGACGGUCGCAGCGAGCAGAGGGGGCAGGAGGAAGUGACCGAGGCCGGCCCGGCGAGGCGGGCGCGGCGCGAGGUGCCCCGGGGGGCGGAGGCCCCCGGCAGGAAGAAGCUGCGCCCCAAGCUGGAGUCCUGGUACGAGACGUGGCAGUGCUCCGAGUGCCCCGCCGUGCUGGGCUCCUCGGACCAGCUGCGGGCCCACUACGGGGCAGACCACCCGGGCCACGUGGUGCGCUACCAGUGCGUGGACUGCUCCCGGGUCUACCCCGACUGCCGCAAGCUGGCGCGCCACAUUCGCGUCCACUGGAACAAGGGCAAGUUCAAGUGCGAGCAGUGCCCCAAGACGUUCUCGACGCGCCAGAACCUGGCGCACCACGCCAUCCUGCACGAGGAGGACCGGCCCUGGGCGUGCGGGCUGUGCGACAAGCGCUUCCGGCACGCCAGCUCCCUCAACUUCCACCGCGUCGCGCACCUCGGCACGGGCGAGAGCAAGUUCUCCUGCGCCGACUGCGGCCGCAACUUCCUGUCGAGCCAGAAGCUGGAGCUGCACCUGAAGAUCCACGCGGGCACGCGCGAGCACACCUGCCACCUGUGUGGCAAGAGCUUCACCGUCAAGCAGAGCCUCAUCGCGCACAUGACCACGCACGACGAGGGCCGGCCGCACGUCUGCGCGCAGUGCGGCGCCGGGUUCAAGACGCCGUACAGCCUACGGCACCACGCGCUCAUCCACUCGGGGGUGAAGCCCCACCAGUGCGACGUGUGCGGCAAGCAGUUCCGCGGCAAGAGCGCCCUGCGCCAGCACAACCGCAUCCACACCGGCGCCAUGCCCUACGACUGCGACAUCUGCGGCCGCAAGUUCCGCUUCCAGGGCGUCUUCGUGAUCCACAGGCGGCAGCACACGGGCGAGCGGCCCUACAAGUGCGCGCACUGCACGCGGGAGUUCGUCAGCUGGGCCAACUACAACAAGCACAUGAAGUGCCGGCACGGUGGGGGCAAGCCCCUCCCUGCCGCGCCGCCCCCGGGGUACCACUUCACCGCGCUGCCUUCUGCCGUGCCCUACGCGUCUCAGUGAGCGCGGUCUGGACCCCGUGCCAUCCACGACACUUUCGUGCAUCACGUCUGCCUGUCUGGGGGGCGAGAACCAGACCAAAGUGUUGGACAGAGCCGCUCCUCGGUUGGCAGCACUGUGACCGCUUGGCUCGGCAACGUGCCGUGAUGCAGUCUGCUUACACUCGUGUGUUCCAGAUGUGGGACCGUAGUGUAGGGCAGCCACGAGGGACACAUUCGAGCCAUGGAACGCACAACCGUGACCUCAGACAUAACAAGUUAUCAUUUGCAAUGUUCUUGCUUGCAUUCGCCAAACCCAACCGUGCAAGUCGGCCUGAGGUGGUGUGAAGAGAGAGCUGAACACCAGUGUCGGCAGGCAGAUGCAUGUGCACAGUUGUGGUGACACGCUGGUACAUCUGCAAGUAGGAGUUUUCCAAGUUGAAACCCAGUCUGAUCGCCUGGGAAAAUGUGAAAUGUUUAACACGUGUUUUUUUGAGAUGAAAGUUGUUUGUCAUGUAGUAAGUCAGGGAUACGUGGAGCCUUCUCCACUCCGAGAGGUCCAUGUGCAGUGUGUGAGUUGUGACGGUCAAAGGAAGUCUUGUACGUCCUUUUGCAUUGAGCCUCCGUGCGUAACCCCGUGUUGUGACAACAUACAAGCAACGUCAUCCUCAUUCGGUUUCCCAUUGGUGCAUCGUCGGGCCAAUGCGGGGAGUUCAGCCGGUCUCAGUCGGGCCACGCUCCAGGAGCGCCAACUCCCUCUCUUCAGAGCGAGGAAGAGAACACUGCAUCCACGCAGAGUGAGUUCAAGUACCAGCGUGUUGGCGAUGGUGUCUCGUCCAUAACUCACGUGAAAUAAGUACUUGUAAUGUUGAUGUUGAAUAUGAUUCUUUAUUUGAACAUUACAUUUACACAAUCACUUGAGUGUAGUGUAUGAAGAAAGAAGACUGAUGUGAAUUGAGAUGCGAACCUCUGGUUUAAAAUUCAUUAUAGACUGAUUUAUAACGUAGUAGUGCUAUUUGUGAAAGUUAUUUUAGUAAUAUAGUAUAUUUGUUACAUUAAAUUAAGUAGAACCUCAAUUUUACAUUUCCUCUUAAUUACACUAAUACUUUUUAUUCACUGACGCAUGCCUCAUAUCAUUAAAAUGCAUUCCAUUAAUGUGAUUUACACGAGAGAAUAUGGCUUACCCUGACGUAGUCUUAUUUUGCCUGUAUUUGGUGAAUCAUUUCAGUGUUAAGAAAACAACCCUUAAAGUGCUGAAAGGGAGACACUAUGUUCAGUUCACAUUGUAUAACACUUUAUUGCAUAUUUGUUAUUUAAUGUAUACCUUGAACCAAGCAUUGCCAUAUAUCUCUGCACAUUUGUAUUUGAGCUGAAAUAAUUGGUGUUCUUUGGGCCAGACUUUGAUAACCUCUUACAGCUCUUUACUGCAGCUAUGUUUUAUCACCAACUACAGAUGCAAGAAGGUUAUAGGCUACUAUUUGUAAAAUCUUGCAUUGAAAUGGGAAUAUUGUUAUUCUCAAAUAAUAAAAAUAAUAAUUAUAAUACUCACCAA